AUGAUACAGCUGGUUACAACCAGUCAAACCCAAGAAAACUUAGACAUGCAAAUGAUUUUAUAUUCUGAGAAUGAUUUGUUAAAAUCAUUAGACUUAAAUGAAGUACUAAGAGAGUUGGCUUCAAACGAAAUCAAUCCAGUCGGCCGCAGAACAAUUUUGCCUUCGACGUUUCUAGGUGGCCCACGGUACAUGAAACAAUGUUACCACGACGCAAUGUCCAUUGUGCGUAAGUACGGAAAGCCUGACUUAUUUAUAACAUUUACGUGUAACCCUAGGUGGCCAGAGAUAGUAGAUAACAUUCCAUAUUGGUUGAACGCAACUGACAGGCCUGAUUUGGUGGCAAGGGUGUUUCAUACAAAACUGAAGGAGCUAAUGCGUGACAUUACGGUCAAUAAAGUGUUUGGUAAUGUAGAUACUUAUGUUUACACCAUUGAGUUUCAGAAACGUGGUCUUCCACAUGCACAUAUACUCAUCAUCUUGGAUGAGGACAGCAAGUUACUUACUGCCGAUGACGUCGACAAUGUAGUGUGUGCCUACUUGCCUGACCCUGCAUCCGAAAGGCGCCUACUUGACAGUGUGAAAUCGCACAUGAUUCAUGGUUCAUGUGGACCACUCAAUCACAACAGUCCGUGUAUGUUGGACAAUAGUUGUACAAAGAAAUAUCCCAAAGAAUACAUCGAGGAGACUGUAUACAUUUCUGAUGGUGGUUACCCGACUUAUCGUAGACCGAACAAUGUACUUGUGGUCACAUCAGAGGCCAUCCUGUCAGCAAUGAGUUUGUUGUCACGUAUAACCCUACUUGCUGGUCAA